AUGGCACAUUUAGAUCCGAAGAUUAGCUGGAAAGGUGUCGUUGCUUGUUCGGCUGGAAAUCAUGCGCAGGGUGUUGCGUAUUCGGCGAGGAAACUCAAGAUGCCUGCUACGAUUGUGAUGCCGGAAGGGACACCUAGUAUUAAACAUCUUAAUGUUACGCGACUGGGUGGCUCGGUGGUGUUGCAUGGUCAGGAUUUCGAUGCCGCGAAGGAGGAGUGUGGGAGGUUGGAGAAAUUGCAUGGUUUGACGAAUAUUCCUCCGUUUGAUGAUCCUUAUGUUAUUGCGGGUCAGGGUACCAUUGGUAUGGAACUUCUGAGACAAACGAAUAUUCAUAAGUUGGAGGCUAUUUUCUGCUGUGUGGGUGGUGGUGGGUUGAUCGCGGGUAUUGGUGUUUAUGUCAAGCGCAUUGCUCCACAUGUGAAGAUUAUUGGUGUCGAGACUUAUGAUGCGAAUGCUAUGGUGCAAUCGCUUGCAGCUGGAAAACGAGUGGCAUUGAAGGAAGUGGGAUUAUUUGCAGAUGGUGCUGCGGUUAAGAAUGUGGGAGAGGAAACUUUCAGAAUUUGUCAAGAGGUCAUUGAUGAUGUUAUUCAAGUUACCACGGAUGAAACUUGCGCGGCUAUCAAAGAUGUUUUCGAAGACACAAGAUCUAUUGUCGAACCAGCUGGAGCUCUUGCCUUGGCAGGACUUAAGAAAUAUGUUGCGGCCAAUCCAUCCCCAGACACGUCAAGAAACCUGGUAGCCAUCGCUUCUGGAGCAAAUAUGAAUUUUGAUCGUCUUCGAUUUGUGGCUGAACGUGCUGCUCUUGGAGAACGCAAAGAAGCUCUUCUCAGUGUCAGCAUUCCCGAAACUCCUGGAGCCUUCUCUGAACUCAUCAAGGCAGUUAUGCCACAUGCCGUCACCGAAUUUUCAUAUCGAUAUGCCACAGAUACCGUUGCUAAUGUACUCAUUGGCAUCUCCCUCACCUCACCAGCAUCUCAAAGAGAUGAAGAGCUCCAAUCUCUCCUUUCUCGCAUCUCAUCAGGCGGAAUGAGUCCCAUGGAUCUAUCGGGAGAUGAACUUGCUAAAUCACACAUUCGCUACCUAGUUGGUGGUCGCUCAGGAGUACCAAAUGAACGACUCUACAUGUUUAAUUUCCCAGAAAGACCCGGUGCGCUCGAGAAAUUCCUCACAACAUUGAGACCGAGAUAUAACAUCAGUCUUUUCCAAUACCGUAAUGCGGGUAGUGAUAUUGGGAAGGUCUUAACGGGUAUCGUAUGUCCUGAUGAUGAGGUUAAAGAUCUCGAAAGAUUUUUGCAGGAGAUUGGAUAUCCCUGGACGGAUUGUACAGAGUCAGAGGUUUUUAAGACGUUUUUGAGAUCUUAG